GUAUGAGUUGACAUGUCACUCGAUAAGAGACCAGCCUGUCAUAUCACAAACGGUUGAUCGCCUACAACAAGCCCGCAUACUUAGAAAACGGUGCAUCCUACCGACUCACCUUUCACGGCCCCAUUUCACGGUGCCGGCGCUGCGUUUUCGCCAGUGGUUAUACCGGCACAAAAAUAUGCAACUCUUAACAAGGUUCACUUGUAUUGUUUCUGUAUCAAAGCAUCAGUGAUUAGUACUCGACUUAGAGCAAUGCUUAAAGAAACACAGAAACAAGAAACAUAUUUUUGAAUGAACGAGGAAUGGCCAUAGACACCGUAAAGAUGGUGGCCGCCACGGGCAAGAAAGUCGGCAGGAGCGAUCUGAAACAAGAAGAAAUACUUCAAGCUGUCGUGACUGCCGACAAUUUUAACGACAGGUUCGCGCCCAUCACAAAAGAACAUCCAUGGGUGCUCAUGCCACUUGUCCAUCGGCCGCUCAUCGACUACACGCUCCAAUAUCUGAGCAACGAGGGCGUCCAGGAGACCUUCGUGUUGUGCCGGUCACAUGCGGACAAGAUCAGGGACUACAUCAAGGAGUCCAAAUGGUCCGAUGCAGAAAGCAAGAUGAGUGUAAACGUGCUGUCCUCGGAGGACUACCUGUCGGUGGGUGACAUGAUCCGUGACCUGGAUGCCAAAGCUCUCAUCCGCUCAGACUUUGUCCUGCUGGACGGGGCUACCGUGGCGAAUGUGCCGCUGCGACCCAUUAUCGAGGAACAUAGGAAGACAAUUGCAAGAGACAAAGGUGCCUUGAUGACCCUGAUCUAUCGGCGGCUGCCCCCAUGGCACCGGCGCCGGUGCCAAGAGGACGACAGCGCGAUGGCCCUUAAUCCGGAGACGGGCAAGCUCCUGCACCACAUCAAGACCAGCUCAACCAACAAGUGCGACUUUCCCCUGAGCAUCUUCCAGGAGCAUUCGCGGGUGUCCCUUCACCACGGCCUACAGGACUGCCGCCUGGCCGUGUGCUCGCCGCAUGUGCCCCCCAUCUUCGCUGACAACUUUGACUACCAGACGCGCCUUGACUUCGUGCGUGGCAUCCUCGAGCAUGAAGAGAUUAUGGGCAACUCAAUUUACACACACAUCAGCGACAGUUGCUACGCGGCUUCAGCUUGCAACCUGGUCAUGUAUGACGCCAUCAGCCAGGACGUACUGCAGAGGUGGAGCCAUCCGCUCGUGCCCGACCGGUUUAUUGAGGAGAAUGGCCCAUCGUGUGUCUACCACCGGCACAACAUUUACAAGCCCACCACAGGACUGCAACUCUCAAGAAGCUGUGUCCUGGAGUCCAGCACAUUUGUCGGCUCUGGCACCAAGAUAGGGGACAACACUGUGGUGGCUAAUUCGGUGAUUGGCCGCAACUGCACCAUCGGCCACAAUGUGCAUCUGCGCAAUGCCUACCUGUGGGACAAUGUGGUCGUGGAGGACAACUGCCGCCUGCAGCAGUGUCUGUUGGCCAGUGGUGUGGUCUUAAAGCGCAAUGUCACUGUGACACCCGGAUGUGUGUUGUCCUUCGGGGUGGUGGUGGGACCGGAGAUCAAGUUGAAGGAAGGCACUUUGCUCCAGCCCACACCCGACACGGACGGCUUUGAGGAUGAGCCAGCACAGGUUGAAGAGUGCGACCCAUCCUUGGUGGGCAAGGAAGGGCUUGGCUUCCUCUGUCGCCCAGAGGAUGAGGAUGAUGAUGAAGAUGAUGAUGAGGCUCUGCCUGAGGACGUCUGGGGAAAGUCACCACCAUCUCUGGAGGACGAGGACAGUGGACCCGAAGAGGACGACCUCUCCUCGGACGGCACGGCAUCGCCUGUUGACGACACAAAAUUGUUCUACAGCGAGGUUGUGGAGAGCCUGCAACGGGGUGUCGAGGAGAACGUCAAGUGCGACAACCUCAUCCUCGAGAUCAACUCAUCGAGGUACGCAUACAACAUUGCCAUGCGGGGAGUGAUAGCAGUCGUGACACGGGUGGUCUUGGAGAUGCCCCUGCUACUCGUGACCUCGACGGCGGGCAGCGGUGGCGGUGAGGCAGCGACUCAGCCGAGCGUGGCUGAGUAUGGCAGAAAGCUGCGAGAGUGUCUUGCCCAGUUCCAUGCCCUUCUCCGCAACUACGUCCGUGAUCCCGAGUCCAUGGCCGACUGCCUGCUGGGGCUUGAGGAAUUCAUCGCACUGCACGAGCAGUACUCCACGGCCGUCGGGGGAAUUCUCAAGUGGAUGUACGACCGGGAGUUGGUCUCCGAAGAAUCCAUCGUCCACUGGUUUCAGGAGCACAGCAUCAGCACCCCUGGCCCCGCUGGGCUGGUCAGGAAAGCAGCUGCGAAAUUCGUACAGUGGCUGCAGGAAGCCGAAGAAGAAAGUGAUGAAAGCGAAGAAGAAAGCGACUAGUUCGAAUAAAUUAAUACUGAAGCCUUCACACAA